GGACAGGGGCUGUGCGUAUUUCGUUUUUCGCAUCCGACCUCGGGACAUUGUGGAGAAUCACAUUCCUCUUUCCAACACCACGAGGUUGCCACAACCAGAACCAAUCGUAAUCAUCAUACUGAAUCUGACCUCGUAUAUACAAACGUGCUAGCUUGUGAUGGGCGAGACCCGUCGAGCGCAUCGCAAGUCGCGGACCGGAUGUGACGAAUGCAAGCGACGACGCAUUAAGUGUGGCGAAGAGAGACCGUCAUGCGCUCACUGUGUACGCCAUCUCGUCACAUGUGUGUUUCCUGACAAACCUCCUGUGAGAGCGAAGAGAAGCACAGCAUCGCCAUUGCCGACGCGAUUGGCUGCAACGCCAUCACGACAAAGAUCCCCUACUAGUUACACAAGUAUUGUCACUACCGAUUCGUCACUCUACACACUUAGUGACCUGGCAUUGCUGCAUCACUGGACUAUGGUAACGAGCCCCAAUAUUGUACAUUCGUCAUGUGUGAACUACAUCUGGCAAGCAGCAUUUCCACAAUUUGCUUUCACCAACGGUCCGUUGAUGAGUAGGUUACUCAGCAUUGCCGCAUUGCACCAAGCCUAUUUGGAGCCCGCCGAUCGACGGUCAGCCAUGCAGGUUGCCGGGCAACACCAUAGCCGAGCUCUCGAGGGGCUCAUGGGAAGCCUGGACAGCGACAUUGAGCCAAGAGGUGGAAAUUCCAUAUUCGCAAAUGCAGUGUUGACGUUUUUCUACGCCUUUAUCUCCUUUGGACCUCUCUACAACAAUGAAUUCGCAAUGGCCACUCCGCAUACCACUCGCGUUCUAGGCGCUUCUUGGAUACCUUUAAUACGCGGACUGCACCCUGUCAUAGAGCGAGUUCGAGAGCAAGUCCUGGCAGGUCCUUUAAGCUCUUUACUGGACAUUUCCAAGUGGAUGGAGCUUCAGCCAGGCACGGAAGAUGAUGACGAAGACAAACAGAUCAAUCGCAUAAGGGACCUGUGGAGCCAAGGCAAUUUUAGCGAUGAAGACAAAGCCACCUACGAUCAGACUUUGUUCGCUUUGAGGCAAUGUAAUAUGUGGUUGAAGCAGUCUGAGAGCUGGUAUGAUCACACUUCUCUGCGAAAAGCCAAUUACGGACCCUGGUCUGGGCCUUUCAUUUGGAUCUCAGUAACACCCGAAUCCUUCUUCACGCUUUUAGAACAGCGGCAAGCACCGGCAAUGAUAACUUUUGCUUGCUUUGGCGCCUUGAUUCACCGAAUGGAUCACUACUGGUGGAUAGAAGGCUGUGGAAAGAGCAUAGUUGAAGUCGUGGACCAAUGCCUGGGUCCUUACUGGAGUGAAUGGCUAGUUUGGGCCAGGCAAGUUGUGCAGUCAGAACCGUCAGCUUGAAUGCUACCAAUGAACGUUGAGCACAGAAACGAGCUCUUACUUGAUGUUUUACAACUACUUACAUAGGGUAAGCAUGGACUGUGGCAAUUUUGCCAUCGAACUAACGGUUAUAGACGUUACUUUACUCAGGCUGCAUGCCAAGACCCAAAUGCUGGCUGCAGAUCGGUUGAUGGGCGGAAGCGCAGGUACAAUUUAUUUUGACUGCCGACUCCAACGAUCACGGGUAGGCCGUGCGAGUCCUUGAGAGCUGCAGGAUUGUUCUAUGUACAAGUCUGUAACGGACUGGGGGACUGUUCGGAGGGCUGGGUCCAUACGCCUGUCUUUGCGCAGUCUGACCAUCGUCGAGUCUGGUGUGGGGAUUAUCAGCAUGAAGUUCAGACUAAGUUGUGUAAGUCGUACGAGG